CAGGUGUGCAAUGUCAUGGAUCAUAGUCAAAAUAAUUGGCUAAGGACCAACUGGGUCCCCAGAAACUCAGCUCAGAAGAUCUACGUGGAGCUCAAGUUCACUCUAAGGGACUGCAAUAGCAUUCCAUUGGUCCUGGGAACUUGCAAGGAGACUUUUAACCUAUACUACAUGGAGUCUGAUGACGACCAUGGGGUCAAAUUUCGAGAGCAUCAGUUUACAAAGAUUGACACCAUUGCAGCUGAUGAAAGUUUCACUCAAAUGGAUCUUGGGGACCGCAUUCUUAAACUCAACACCGAGGUUAGAGAAGUAGGUCCUGUCAACAAAAAGGGAUUUUAUCUGGCCUUUCAAGACGUUGGUGCUUGUGUUGCCUUGGUGUCUGUGAGAGUGUACUUCAAAAAGUGCCCUUUUACAGUGAAGAAUCUGGCUAUGUUUCCAGACACAGUACCUAUGGACUCACAGUCCCUGGUGGAAGUUAGAGGCUCUUGUGUUAACAAUUCUAAGGAGGAAGAUCCUCCAAGGAUGUACUGCAGUACAGAAGGGGAAUGGCUUGUACCCAUUGGCAAAUGCUCAUGCAAUGCCGGCUACGAAGAAAGAGGUUUUAUGUGCCAAGCUUGUCAACCGGGUUUCUACAAGGCUUCCGCUGGUAAUAUGAAGUGCGCCAAGUGCCCACCUCACAGUUCUACGCAUGAAGAUGGUUCAGUGAACUGCAGGUGUGAGAAUAAUUACUUCCGAGCAGACAAAGACCCUCCAUCCAUGGCUUGUACCCGCCCUCCAUCUGCACCAAGAAAUGUUAUCUCUAAUAUAAACGAGACCUCGGUAAUCCUGGACUGGAGUUGGCCCCUAGACACAGGAGGCCGGAAAGAUGUUACCUUCAACAUCAUAUGUAAAAAAUGUGGGUGGAAUGUAAAACAGUGUGAGCCAUGCAGCCCAAAUGUCCGCUUCCUCCCUCGACAGUUUGGACUCACCAACACCACGGUGACAGUGACAGACCUCCUGGCACACACUAACUACACCUUUGAGAUUGAUGCCAUUAACGGGGUGUCAGAGCUGAGCUCACCUCCAAGACAGUUUGCUGCAGUCAGCAUCACAACUAACCAGGCAGCUCCAUCACCUGUCCUGACGAUUAAGAAGGAGCAGACAUCCAGAAACAGCAUCUCUUUAUCCUGGCAAGAACCUGAACACCCUAAUGGGAUCAUAUUGGACUACGAGGUCAAAUACUAUGAAAAGCAGGAACAAGAGACAAGUUAUACCAUUCUGAGGGCAAGAGGCACAAAUGUUACCAUCAGUAGCCUCAAGCCUGACACGACAUAUGUAUUCCAAAUCCGAGCCCGGACGGCAGCUGGAUAUGGGACCAACAGCCGCAAGUUUGAGUUUGAAACGAGCCCAGACUCUUUCUCCAUCUCCGGUGAGAACAGCCAAGUGGUGAUGAUCAUCAUUUCAGCUGCAGUAAUGAUUAUUCUCCUCACAGUCGUCAUAUACAUUUUGAUUGGGAGGUUCUGUGGGUAUAACAAGUCAAAACAUGGUGCAGAGGAGAAAAGACUUCACUUUGGAAAUGGACAUUUAAAACUUCCAGGUCUCAGAACUUAUGUUGACCCACAUACUUACGAAGACCCCACCCAAGCAGUUCAUGAGUUUGCCAAGGAAUUGGACGCCAACAAUAUAUCCAUUGACAAAGUUGUUGGAGCAGGUGAGUUUGGAGAGGUGUGCAGUGGUCGCUUAAAACUUCCGUCAAAGAAAGAGAUUUCGGUCGCUAUCAAGACGCUAAAGGUGGGCUACACAGAAAAGCAGAGAAGGGACUUCCUGGGAGAAGCAAGCAUCAUGGGUCAGUUUGACCAUCCCAAUAUCAUUCGCCUCGAGGGAGUUGUUACGAAAAGCAAACCGGUUAUGAUUGUUACAGAAUACAUGGAGAAUGGUUCCUUGGACAGCUUCUUACGUAAACAUGACGCCCAGUUCACAGUCAUCCAGCUAGUGGGGAUGCUUCGAGGGAUAGCAUCUGGCAUGAAGUACCUGGCAGAUAUGGGCUAUGUUCAUCGAGACCUGGCUGCUCGGAAUAUCUUGAUCAACAGUAAUUUGGUGUGCAAGGUUUCUGAUUUUGGGCUUUCACGUGUUCUAGAAGAUGACCCAGAAGCUGCUUACACAACAAGAGGAGGUAAGAUUCCAAUCCGGUGGACAUCACCAGAAGCUAUAGCCUACCGCAAAUUCACAUCAGCCAGCGACGUAUGGAGUUACGGGAUUGUUCUCUGGGAGGUGAUGUCCUAUGGAGAGAGACCAUACUGGGAGAUGUCCAAUCAGGAUGUAAUUAAAGCUGUGGAUGAGGGCUACCGACUGCCACCCCCCAUGGACUGCCCAGCUGCCUUGUAUCAGCUGAUGCUGGACUGCUGGCAGAAAGACAGAAACAACAGACCCAAGUUUGAGCAGAUUGUCAGCAUUCUGGACAAGCUUAUCCGGAACCCCAGCAGUCUGAAGAUCAUCACCAGUGCGGCGGCAAGGCCAUCAAACCUUCUUCUGGACCAAAGCAAUGUCGACAUCACUACCUUCCGCACUACAGGUGACUGGCUUAAUGGUAUCCGGACAGCGCAGUGCAAGGACAUCUUCACGGGCGUGGAGUACAGUUCUUGUGACACCAUAGCCAAGAUUUCCACAGAUGACAUGAAAAAGGUCGGUGUGACUGUGGUUGGGCCACAGAAGAAGAUUGUCAGUAGCAUUAAAGCUCUAGAAACACAAUCAAAGAAUGGGCCAGUUCCGGUGUAA